GCGGUACGGGCCUGUUUAUUGUGGGCCGGCCAACGACCAACGAGUGACUGUGAUCGUGGUCCAUUCUUGCUGUGUCUCUCUGUUGUGUGUGUGAUCUGAUCUAAGAAGUGUCAUCUAUUGAGUCACGGCUAAGCCACCUGCCGGUGACGUCAUCAUUGUCAGCUGGCCGGCUUCGUUGGGGCAGUGAGGUCUCGCGUCAUCGGUGAAUAAAAUUAGUGACAUCACAAUGACGUCAUCUGCCGCCGAUCUGGAGCAGCAAUACUCGCCAUCGGCCUGGGUGCAACGGGUGGCGCCCUCCGAGGUUGUGCGGCUGUUCGCCGAAGCUGUAACUGCGGCUGCACAGAGGGCGCGCGCGUCGCUGCCGUGUGAGCUCGACAUUCGGUACGGAGACGGGCCGGAACAGCGGUACAGUGUGCUGGGUACGAAUGUACCCGAGGAUGCUCCGCUGGCGGUGUUCAUACACGGAGGGUACUGGCAGGAAAUGGAUCUGGCCUCGUCUGACGGCGUGGCACUCGGCUUUCACCGACUGGGAUGGCGCACGGUCACCGUGGGUUACGACCUGGCGCCGGCCGUCACCUUAGAUGAGAUUGUGGCACAGGUGCGUACCGUCGGCCGCCGCAUCCUGCAGAUGGCGCUGGAUCUGCGCAGUCGCGCCGUGCUCCUGUUCGGCCACUCAGCUGGCGCGCAGCUAGUCGCCAUGCUGCUCGCCGAUUGGUCGACCCUGAGCGACAGCGAACGCCCGCCAAUCGUAGCUGCCGUACACAUCUCGGGCGUGUUCGACUUGGAGCCGCUUCUGCACACGAGCGUCAACGAGAAGGUUGGAAUGGACGGCGCAUGCGCACAACGCAACAGUCCGAUGCGACAUGUUGGUGCCGUGACCCGGAUUUCCCGGGCGCGGCAUCUGGUACUGGUCGGGGAGCACGACUCGCCAGAGUUUCGCAGACAGGCAAGAGAGUAUGCGUCCGCGCUUAAAGAUGCCAAGUGUGAUGCGACUUGUCAUAUUCUACCUACAAGGGAUCAUUUUGACAUGUGCGAAGCGUUGGCAGAUGCUGACUCUGAUGUCAUGAAGCUGGUAAAGGAAAAUCUGAAGGAUCUGAUAAACUAAAGACCACGGCCGGCUAUACCUGGUGGGUCAUGUUCUUGCCAUAAGCGGGUGCUCUAUUCAUUUCUUACAAUUUACAUGCUCACCUUUUUACACUCAUUGCCAUUAUAAUCGAAGCAUUUUUACCAUCGGUUGGUGUUGGUAUGUAUGAAUACGUCCAUGUAACCUGGUGGAAUCCUCCAGAGCACUCGUCAGCCAGCCCUCCCUUGAUUGUAUCUCCGUAGAAUAGUCGUGGUAGUGUCGUAGCUUAAAAGACUUUGAACCACACAUAUCCAGGGGGCUUAUUUUUUAUAGAUACACUAUUCGCAUUGCGAAGAUAUACGGCUCUCGCGAGAUUAAGCGAUAGGUUUUGCACUUUUACAUUUCCGGUUAUAUCUCAGAAACUAAUCGAUCUACGAUGAAGCCAUUUUACACAAUCAUGGCCGGCUUGUGAACCAAUAAGUCGAUCGCAUCUUCAACACUUGAAAGCUAAAGACGACGAAGAUAUAACCUGAAGUACACUAAAUUUUCUAGGUGCAAAACCUACCGCUAAAACCCGCGAGACCUGUACUUAGCAUAUCUCCUGUAGCGCUCAAAUGCAUGUCGCAUUCUAGUGGUUAUGUAACUGAGAAGUCAGAAGACGUUCGACAAUACACAAUGCCGGCUUU